UGAUCCCCACACCUUCAAAAUACUACCAAACAUCGAAAAUGCAAAAAAGAGUUUUAUUUUCGAGCUGAAAUAUUAUUAACAGAAACUCUUGGAGUUAAACUACGCUAUGUCCAUGCGAGAAACUCCUAGAGGUUCGGACGAGAACCUCUACAGCGCUUCAACAGAUAGCUUUUGGGACGUAGGCAAUUUCAAACGAACAGUCAAACGGAUCGACGAUGGUGCGAAAUUAUGCGACGAAUUUAUGAAGCUCGUCGUUGAACGAGCGAAUAUUGAAGCCAAAUACGCGUUUAAGUUGAAAGCUUGGUCUAAGAAAUGGGAGGAAUGCGUAAAAAGCGGUCCAGAGUAUGGAACGAUGGAGGCUGCCAUGCUUGGGGCAGUGACGGAGGCUGAGUCACGGGCUGAAAUUCACAUGCACUGCCGAGAUAAGCUAAUCGACGAAGUCCACGAGUCCAUAAAGAAGUGGAAAAAUGAAAAUUACCAUAAAGGAAUAUUUCAGUGGAAAGAGACGAAAGAAGCUGACGAUGGUUUUACAAGAGCGCAAAAGCCGUGGGCGAAACGCUUAGCAAAAGUUGAACGUGCAAAGAAAGCUUACCAAAACGCCUCAAGGAGCGCUGACCAGGCUUCGAAGCUGGAAACCGAAGCUGGUCAUGACGCAGACAAGCCUGCAGAUAAACUGAAAAAGUUACAGGACGCUACAGAAAAAGCGAAACGAGAAAUGGAGAAAUGUAGAGAAAAAUAUGAACUUCGACUCGAGGAAAUUACUGCUUAUAAUUCUCAAUAUGAGCGAGAUAUGAUUCAAGAGUUUGAAAGAUGUCAAGAGAAUGAAGACACAAGACUAACGUUUUUUAAAGACGUUCUUUCUCAGUAUCACAAAUGUUUGGAUAUCUCGGAAAGCCCAGAGUAAGUAUUACUUUUCUUUUUUGUUUAUUAAUUCUUUAGGAAACCGAAAUUAAUUAAUGAAAUUGUUGUAGAAUUAGGCUUAAAUAGCCUGUUGCAAAUUAAUAGAAGCUUAAGUCUUUAAAGCCCAUUAAGUACAUGAACAAAUAGUGUACAGUUUGUUGUCUUGUAGACAUUUCAAUUUGCUAAAAUUUUAACUGUUUCUGCGAAUAUGUAUUGCUUUUGGUAUUUCCUGGUUAAUUAUUGUACACAGGAAGUGAAAGAAAUAAGUGACUUUUAUAGCUUCAUUUUCUCCAUGCAUUUGUCUUGAAUUAACUUUAAUGUCGUGGUAAAAAGACUGUGCGUUUUUUAAAAAACAUAUCAUGUUUUGCCUUCAUUUGGGCUUGCAAAAGCAUGUGUACAGAAACCAGCUGUUUUAUGCUAUUAUAUUCAAUUUGUUGCAAGUUUGCAAAUAAUUUUAUUAAAGUUCUAAAACAUGUUAAUAUGUAACACAUGUGAAGAUAUUAGGGCCAUUUAUUCGAGGAAAAAUAAGAUGCGUCUUACAUAAGACGCAUCCUAAAUAAGACACAAACUCUCCCGUGUAAAUGGCACAUUUCUAUGAAAUUUACCUAAGAUGCGUCUUAUCUAAGACCAACCCUUAACACCUGUUCUUCGAUAAGAGGCGUCGUAGCUAAGUUGCGUCUUAAUGUGCCGUUUAUACGGGAUAGUUUGUGUCCUAUUUAGGACGUGUCUUAUGUAAUACGCAUCUCAUUUUUCCUCAUAUAAAUGGCGCUAUUGUGAAACAAAAUUGACUAGUUUGUGGUCUUGAGCAAAAUUUGUGGUUUUAAUGGUCACUUCCAAGCCAUCCUUGGAGCCUUUGCAUUUUCUCUAAACUCAACCCUAUUAAAAAUACGCAGCCCAUUUAUAAGCUCCCCCCCCCCUCCCUCCUGGUGUCCAUACUUAUGGGAUUUGACUGUCUUUCUUUUUGUAUUUCUAAAGCACAGAAUCAUUUUCUAUGUAAACUUUGUUGGUCUUUGUAUUUAUCAUAUUUCAGAGUGGACAGACUGCAAAUUAUAUAUAGUAGUUGCUAAAAAAUAUAUAUCUUCGUGUCGCAACUGUUCAUCAGUAAGACGCCUAAAAUGCGUGCAAUUCCACAAUUGGUUUUGGCUCCAUUAAAUCCUAUACCAACUGCAGAACAUUUUAGGAAGAGCCACCCACCAUCUGAGCACAGUCACGGACAACACAUAUAAGUCAGGAAAAUAACGCAAAGUAAAAUUAAGACGUUAAUUAACGAACUAAAUGUACAUGUCAAUGACAUAAAUAAAGAAAUAAUGCGCGAGCUCAAAAUAAAGUUGUACGCGCACACAUACCAAGAUACAACUGAAACACAUAUUUGAAGGUUACAUGCACAAAAUGUGAUGCAUGAUUUUGCGAUUAGAUGCCCAAUUCAAGACAUGACAACCAGCUUACAAGUGCAAAGUUCUAUAAAGUAAACCAACUCUCACACUUCCAACAGUCAGACUCUCAGUGAAUGUGUUUGUUUUUGUAAAAUGUUGUAGUUGUAGGGUGCAUUAAUUAUUUUAUUGUUUAUUAUUCAUUAAUUACUUUAUUAUAAAUUCAUUGUAAUGUACCGAACUUGUGGGGCACAAAAUAACUCGUUUAAAUCAUAAAUCCUUCUUUUAUUUAAAUCACCAUCCGCGCGUACAUUUCCUCUCCGACUGAUCUCAACAAAAGGUGAUUUUGCACUACUCUCUUUUUCAGCUACUCCAAUUUCAAAUGUCAAUAAAAAAAAAAGGGAUAACACUAAUAUGAUACUAAAAGAGUCACAUCCGGUUUAAAUGAGUGUCACAACAUUUCCGUCAGUGUCACGUUUCCGUCAGUAAUAUGUAUCAGGAUAAUUUUAAUGAUUUCACUUUGUCAGCUUUCAAUCAUCAUAAUUAAUUAGGAAUUUAAACAGUAGUAAGGUAAUAAUUUUGAUUCUUUUACAGUACUUCUCUCAUGUGAAUUCCCCCCCAAAAAAACUUCAAUUGCCUGUCAGGCAAGUUAAGGAUAGAUUUUACUAGCCCAAUUGCAAAUCCACUAGCCCCGGGCUGUCAGCCACAACUUUCUAUGCACACUGCCUUUUAUGUUUUUUAAGUCAUGCAGUGGGUCUCUGACGUAACCUUCUGUGAAAUUUUGCAAAAAAUCUUAAGUGAAUCUAAAUUUUAGAGAAAAACUCUUAUAAAUGUUCAAUCGCUCCUUUUUUUUCAAAAAAGAUAGUUUGAAUCUCAACAAUAAUAUUUUUUUUUAUUACUAACAAAGGAAGAAUGUCAUGCUUCUUGGGUUUCUUACCCGACAUAUUCUUCUAUGUAAUAAUAAAAAGUAGUCUGCUAAUUCUUACUUUUUCUGUCUUUUUUUUGUUCCUCAGGUUUUUGGGUGUAUUUGUCAACAUGAGCUUGACUUUUCAAAAAGCAGAUAUGCAGGCUGAUUUGGACUGGUGGUCACGCAAUCAUGGAACAGGCAUGCCACAAAACUGGCCAGUCUUUGAGGUAUUGAACGUACUCUUUUGCACUGUUUUGCCUAUUUUAUAGUUGGACAAUACAAAGUGGUGUUUUGGUGUGCAUUUCUUUGGGAAAAUUUUUUCUUCUGAAGUUUGGUUAAUUCUAAUUCCCUUAGCCCUUACUCAUAAGCAGUAAUAAAACACAUUGUGGGUGCUCCUCCUAAAAUGUUUUACAAUAUUGGUAUAGGAUUUAAUGGAGCUGAAACUCACAAAAAACUUAAUUUUGUCUAAUUUGGUCUGUAAUCAUACUCAUAAAAUGAAAAUCAGACUCUCCCUAUGUGAUUACAGACUCAACAGGACUCCACUCAGUCAUCUUACCAUUGAAAGUGAAACUGCAGUUUUUUCAACUUCCCAGCCAUCCCAUGUAGUGGCAAAUUCUUCAUUAAGUGACAACCACUGUUUAUAUUCCCACCAUUGGGUAUGGGAGGGAGGGAAGCAUAGCAUAGCCCCAUAGCAUUUUUUAAUAUUAGUGUUUUGAUGUUAUUUUAUUAUGUAUUAGACAGACAGUUCGUUGUCACUAUAUAUGCAGUUAGCUAUUCUUAUCAACAGAGCCCAAGAUAAGCAGUGGUCAUUGAACACAGUGUUAGUUUUUGCUUUCACUCUGGCCAAAACAAAAAUAACCCUCAUUAGUAUUAUUUUACGAAAUCAGUGAAUAGCAAUUUUUGCGCGUUUUGAUUGGCUCCCGUAACUCAGAAUAUCUUUGGCUAUUCACUGUUUUACGACUGAAGCCAAGGUGGCGUCUCGUUUCGAGACAUUUGCGAAAGGCGAAACUUGACCAAUAAAUGAAGCAUUCGUACUUACAAAUACCACUUUGGCUUGUUCGUGUUUACUGGUAGGUGGAAAAUUAUUUUCAUGCUGAAUUUGCAACAAAAGUGGUAAAACUCACUUGACGAUUAACCCCCAAAAUGUUUGUAAAUUGUAAACAAAGUUCCUACUAAGUGACGUUUUUAAUUUACAAAAAGUUAUUGUUUUCAUUUUUAUCUAACUCAUUUGGUAAAUACGAAAACAACUAUCCCCCUCAUGGUUGGUGAACAGCGUCUCGGUGUAUAUCCACCACUAUUCACCUCCCCUUCGGAGGAUAGUUGUAUAUCAUUCUUGUUAGAGUGAUCCUUGUUUUAUGCCCUGUGUAGGAAGGAAAGUUUGCCAUUAAAGAGCUGCAAAACAGAAAAACAUACAAAAAACAUCUCACAUCUCAAAGAAAAAAGGAAAUAAAAAGGAAUGUAUCAACUGAGGUGCUUAGCAUUGAGGGGUCGCUCCACGAACCUGAAGGUGUUCAUUUUGAGGCGCAUAACCAAGAUAGAGAGAAAGACUCAUUUGAUCUUAUCAAUUUAAACUCAGAACACAGCAUUCAGAGAGGGUCAUUUAGUAGCAUUGAGUCAAACAAUAGAAAUGGCGAAUUACGUGUAACUGAUAGGGUUGUGAAUGAUGUAGGAGAGCCUCAAGAUAGAUCACUUUCCUCUGAUGUUCAUAUUGUGCAGGAGACAUAUGGCAAUGGCGCAGAGGCAGUUUAUUGUACAAUUGUAGAUAUUACAAAUAGUGAUCAGACAGAUAGUGGAACUAGCUCAAAGGAAAUCAAAGCUGCAGAGCAUGCAAGUCCCAAACAGGUCUCAAAUUUCAUAUACAGUGGCAUUACCUGUACAUCAAAUCAAUUCCGUACAGCUGUCAAACAUAAUUUGGAGGAAACACAAGACAGCGAUAUUGUAGGUAUGACUAGAAACGGAGAGGUCAAUACGGAGUUAAUUUAUUGUGAGAUAAUGGAUACGACAGUCACACCUGAGGUAGUUAGUGAUCUUCAGCUAACAGAAUUCCAGCAGUUAGACUGCAAAGCAUCUUUACAGGCCAAUGUUACACAGUCAGACUUGGUUAUGUCAGUCAGUAAAAAGCACUCGCAGGCAGACAGUUAUCAGGCGAGGGUCAAAUGGUUAUUGAGUAAAACCACCCUAUUUUUCAUUCCUUAAUUAUAAUUUUUGGAACUAUGAAACCACAAACUUUGUGCUUUUUAAUGACAGGCUCGUGUGAUAAGAGCUUUUAGUUUGGCCCAAAAAUCUUGUAUGCUCAAAAUCAGAGGGAGUCCAGGAUGCAUUCUUCGGUGAUAUGCUGAGAAAUUAUAGUGAAUAUAUGAAUAAUGAUUUAGAGGUAGCACAUCCACAAAGUGCUUCAUCACCUACCAUUCCUUGUCGAAUUGGAAUUUGGGAAAAACUGGCAUACCUGGAGAAAAACCAGUCUGAGCAAAGAAGAUAACCAACAACAAACUCAACCUUCGUAAUUAUGGUGUCAAUGCCAGGUUUGAACCUGGACCUCAUUGGUGGGAGGCGAGCGCUCCUACCACUGCACCACCCUAGCUCCUCUGAUGGGUAUAUUAAUUAAGCAGUUUUUACUGUCAGUGAUGUUCCACUGGCUGUGAAAAAUUAUUUUUGUUGCUGUAAGUUAGGCCCUUCAUUUCCAUUUUUGUUGUUUUGAUGUUCUUAUAGGAGUACAAUGAAAUACCACUUAAACGGUCCUCAACACGAAGUCAUGGGCAUGGAGCAGCAUAUCCUGGCACACAGAAUCACAUUGAAGACAAUACUGAUUACUCUCACAAAAAUGAAACGUAUGUUUGGUUGUACUUAUUGAAAUGUAUUGGCCAUUUAAAUCCUUUUUCAGUGUAAAGACUUAAAUGCACACUAUCUUCUUAGGGAACUUGACGUAAUGCGUAAGUUAGGGUUGCCAUUUUCUUGUCAAACAACAAACUGCAUGAUUUUUCAUUUAUUACAAAAAUAAACUCCAUGCAAGUUACUUGGAGAUGUUGUGGUUCAAUUUUAUCCGUGGUUUAAAUUUUUUUUCAUAAAAUAUGAUAAUGAGUUUUAAACAAAGGGAAAUAAGUUUAAACCAAGAACAAAAUUGAACCACAACUUAACAGAGACUUCCUGCUUUUUUAAACCAGCAAUUGAUUCAUAGGAGGUAAUGCUCAGAACUUUUGUUGGGCCUUUGGACGUUAUGUGGGUGUGGGUUUAUUGGCCUAGUAGAACAUUAUUUUGGUGGCAUAAAAAUAAUACUAUUGAACCUUAUUUUCACCUCCCCAUUGUGGGGUACCAGCAGCGGCUGCAUCUAACAGGUCUCAGUUGUUGUUAUUACAUUGCAAUACUUGAUAUGGCAUGUUGGUAGCACAAUCCAGAGAAAAUGUCUAGGAAUUCCAUAUGAUCUUUGAUGUCAAAAAACUAUAUUUAACCAUUGCAGCCACAAAGAACAAGUUUGUAUGGUAUCCAACUUUGCUCCACCAUACUUACCUCAGUAAAAAAGAUAUAUUCCCCUGGUAGAUGGAAAAUCUGUUCAAUUGGCAGCAUUAAGGAAGUUAGAACUACAAAAAUCCAUGAUAGAAAUGUGACGGUGAAUUUUAAGCGUGGAGAAUACACUGAUGAGAAAGUUUUUUUCCCAUCAGUGACACAGGUAGCUUGGAAGAAAAAAUCCCAGGUCUGUUCGACUCCUUUUGGGAGUAAUUGGAUUUUUUCUUUUGAGCUGCCUUUCUCACUGACGGAAUAACAUCCUUUUCAUUUAAACAUCCAGUUUGUUUUUUGUAAACAGUAAGUGAAAGGAUAGUAAGAUCUUUUAUUGUUAUAAUUACUAUUUGUAAAUAGGCUUUUUAUCAUGAUUGUUGUAAUUUAUUAUUAUCAAUUUUGUUUUUAGAGGGCCACUAGGGAGAAUACUUUUCAUAGUAAUUGGUGUCACCCUCUUAAAAUAAAGGUUAUAUAAUGCACAUAAAAUUAGAAUGCAAAUUCUGAGUAACAUCGAGAUCUUGUGUUAGAAUAGUGUAUCACUCUAGGUAUUUGUCAAUACCAUCUUGAUUUCUUUUUCGUAGUGUUGAACAUAAUCCAUUCAACAAUUACACAUCAACAUCAAAUGAUGACUUCAGUGACCAAGCUGGUACGGAUGAGUGGGAGCCGCCACCUGUAGAAGAUGCUGGUAUUCCAGUCAGGGCUUUGUACGACUUUCAAGGUAUUGAAGAUGAUGAGCUGAACUUCAAAGAAGGAGAUGUGCUCACUCAACUCUCUUCCCAAGAUGACCAGGGAUGGUGCCAGGGGAGAUUCCAAGGAAAAGUUGGGCAUUUUCCUGGCUCCUACGUUGAACCUCUGUAAGGAAAAACUGCUUGGUGUAUAUCGUUAGUGUAAUAGUAGGUCAUGUUACUCAGGAACUUGCAUCUAGGUUUCCUUGAAUGCUUAGACCCCGAAAGCAGAUCAUAACAACUUGAAAUGUAGUUGAAACAUCCAAAGUCUGCUAACAAGAUCGUAGGUCAGCUGAAGUAGUUUUUAUGAAGUCUACUCGGGGAUCAUUAUUUUGUGAGAAACUAUUAUAUGGAAGGUCAAAAUUAUUUAGCAUUUUUCAUGAAUGAGUUUUUAGAAGGUUUGAGGUAUGUCAAGUGACACUCAAUUUAUGCUUGUAAUCUGAAUCUUCAGAUAAAACAAUAAUUAUUUUACUAUAGAAAUAGAGGUAUAAAUAGAGACAAACAGAGGAGCCUGCAUAAGAAGUGUUAUUUAACAGAUCACAGAAAUUGAAGAUGCUCCAUGCUCAUGUCUUGCCUUGUACUCAACUAGACUCUCAGCUUUUGCCUGGCUAAAUAAGGUGUGUUAUGCAGGCUUUUUGUGUCACAGCAAGGUAUUGUUGUUAGACUCGCUCACGCUUGAAUCAGUCAAUGUAAACUGAAUAUAGUGUUGGAAUAUUUUUGGAGUUAUUAUUAAUAGUAAUGUUUCACUGAAGUGUAAUAUUUUGUAGAUUUUGUACUCUACAGUCAAAUCACUCAUAUUAUUAUUAUAUAAGUGUUUGAAUUUAAGCAAAGGUCUGAUAAAAUAAGUCAGAGCAACUGAAAAUACUGUAGAAUGCAAUAUUAUUAAUAUGAAAGUCAGUUUAUGUAAUAGAAAGCGGAAAGAUGGAAAUAGAAAAUGCGUUCUCUAUUUCUAGAGACUUGCACACACCAGUAGAAUGUUCAGGCGAAAAGGCAAUAAAAUCCUGGUUGUAGCCAUUUAUUAAAUGCCCCACGCUUUCUAUGACAUUACUCUAAGAGAGGGGAAGGGGUACAACCUCGUUCCCAGGGUCUCUCAUCUUCCCGCCCAAGCGAGAGAGCUUGGGUGGGAAGAUGAGAGACCCUGGGAAUGAGGUUGGAAGGGGUAUGGGACUAUGGAACCUUAACCUGAAACAAUACCAUGUCCAGCUGCCUUUUGCAGCCCUGUUCUAUAUUGAGCAACAAAAUCCCAGCUAGUAAAUUUAUUACCAUAGCUUUCUAGAAACUAGGAAAAAGAGUUUUCUAUUUCUUUUAUAGUAUAGCAGUAACACUGCAAAUAAUCUCUACAGCUGGCAAUGAUAUUACUGGUGUUUGUUAUAUUUUGUUGUUGUUGUUUAUUUUUGUUGUAGCCCUUGUGAGAGAGGCUAUUUUAAGACGGUUUUUAUGUUUAAAGCAUAGUACAUUUGAACCUUUUUUUCUUUUACUCCUAGGGUCAAUUUAUUAAAACUUUCCAAGAGCGAUUUACUAGCGUAGCCAUUGUUUUAGAGGGUGAAAACAAUUUCUACACUUAAAAAUUACACUGUCCUGUAAAAGUGUUGUGAAAUUGAUCCUUGGACAAAGUUAGGGUGAGAUUAUUUGCCACGCUGACUGACUAACCUAACUCUAAAUUUGUGAACGAAAUUUUAUGGGGUUGCCAUACUUACUACUCAGAAAAGAAAUUUGAUCUUGUGUUGUUUUUUCUUUGGUUUCCAAUGAGUGAUUUGAGCCCUGUAGCUGUAAACAUAGCUUUGUUUUGUUUUCACAAGUGAAAGAUUAAAUUUCCAAACAUUAUGCUGGAUCAGUACCCAAUAGAAACUUUUAGUAAAAUGUUUGGUAGCGUAAAACGUAGAACAUAGCUAUCAAGGAAUAAUAUGUUAACCAUUGGCAUAAUUUCAGUUAUUUUACGUAGGAGAAACUAAAGAACGCACGCUUCACGUGCAUGAGUGAACUCUUGUCACCGAUUAUUUUUAAGUCUUGCUUUGUGAUAGAGCACUGUGAUAAGGUUCCUUUCUUCGUCAUUGUAACUUCUUAUACUUAGUAUAUAUUGUAAAGGUCAUACCAAAAUCUCCUAUAUGCCAGAAAUGAUGCUACCGUACUGUAUAGGGUGGCUGAAAUAGUGUACAAAAUAUUGCAUCAACGUGAAAUGUGAGGGAACGUCGUGCGCUGAGAAGGCGGAGUGGACAGUUGCUCCCUUCAUUCCUUCUACUCGAGGCUCGCUCUCAUGUACAAGUGCAUGAUGUCCCUUUUGAGCGCCCAAAAAAUAAAGCAGCUUACAAAGCUAAGGUAGAGCCUUUAGGGUUAACAUGGUAACUAUUUUUAUAAUAAUGAAGUGAAAUUUAGUCAGGAAAAACCGCUAACGCAGUAGGUUAGGGUAUUUAAGUUGCAGAAUAAAGCACCUCGAGG